AUGGCUUUCAAGAAGCAUAGUGCACUCAUUAUAUUGCUUUCUCUUCUUUCUUAUUCCAUAUUUUCUCAUGCUUGUGAAUCAUGCAAUCCAAAACCUAAGCCUACUCCUCCUCCUACUCCAUCAACAACACCUACCACUAGUACUCCACCUCCUUCAACAACAACGCCUACGGCUAGUCCUCCUACUCCUUCAACAUCACAAAAAUGUCCUAGUGACACUUUAAAGCUAGGUGUUUGUGCUAAUCUCCUUGGACUUGUUAAUGUUGUGGUUGGAAGUCCUGCUUCAAGCAAGUGUUGUGCAUUGAUUCAAGGUUUGGCUGAUUUGGAUGCAGCAAUUUGUCUUUGUACUGCAAUUAAGGCCAAUGUUCUUGGUAUCAACUUGAACGUUCCUGUCACACUCAGUCUCCUACUUAGUGCUUGUCAAAAAUCCAUUCCCUCUGGUUUCCAAUGUUCAUAG